UCGCGAGUGCUCUCGUGAACUUCUGCGAGCGUUAAUGGCGGCGUACUUCUUGGACGAAACAUGAUGCUGGAGUAGCUACGGCUGCCAACCGUCCAGCUAUUAUGGAAGAAGCCGUGACGAUCGACGUAGCUCUCGAUGGGAGGGAAAUCCCUUGGUAGCCCUCUUGCGACCGCAGCGGCCUCCUCCAUCUGCAGCAGCAACACGCCGCCCUCCCUGCACAAGAGAUCGACAAGGGCGGAACGCCGCAGCGGUUGAGUUGGGGGGAAUGGAUCAGGAGAUAAACGCGCCCCUACCUGCAGACUUUAUAGAUGAAGAAACCGAUCGGACUCCGCGUCCCGGCCGAUCGGAAUCGAGAGAGAAUCCGACUCGGAUCCACCCCAAAUCCCCAAUCACACGGAUUUACUGGAGUUCUAUGGAAAACGGAAAACGGAGCAAUGGAUUAAUGCGGAAAGCCACUGCAAAUCGGACGUCCGAAUUAUGAGAAAAAAUCGGACGGCCACUCCUCGGCACGCAUCAUGCAUCCCCAACAUGCACCAUAUGGCCGAGCACCCACCCAACCACCACGGAGAAGGCAUGGAUGACUUCGUGGCAGAGUUGGCACGCAUGACACUGGUGGUGGGCUACCCCAACGCACCGGAGUACACGACUAUUCCACCGCUCAGUGGCGAGCUUCCUCACCGUGUCCGCUUGGAGGUCCAUGGCUACGUGGGGACUUGCCUCGCUAACAUGGCGGUUGAGGCGUCAGGAGGCACAGCAGAUCACGCAUGUCAGGAGGCAGCCUACCUGAUGAUGGCCAGACUAUGGGAGCGCCACAACUACAUCUUCCACGACACGGCGUACCGCUUCCACCCUCGUCGAGCCAGCGGCAGCGAUGUCAGUUCUUUCCGUCCGACAGCCGGUGAGAACGACACCACCUUCGGUCACAUGUGCGCUGUGAUGAGGGGGAUGGACAGGAUGCACUCGGACCUGCACAAGGCGUCCAAGGCCUUGAAUGAUGGGAAGCUCAUGAGGAUCGUCGCUCUGAAGGACGAGAUAGCGCGCCUGAAGAGGGAGAAUGCUCAGUUGAAGGGUCUUCCCGCGCCAAGGGGAGUCCGGAUCCGCACUACGCCUCGCAAGUCGACAACGGCACCCGUGCACGUCCAGCUUGCGCCCAGGAACCCACCUCCGUCAGCAGCUCCUCCAGUUCCACCCGCAGCUCCAGCAGUUCCUGCAGCUCCAGCGCCAGCUCCAGCUCCCGUUCCCAUGUCAGCUCUAGCAUCCGCGCUCUCCUUCGCACCUGCAUCAGCCGUCAGGGGCCCCGCCAGUGGCAACGGAGGUUGGUUGCCAGCUACUCCCAGUGGCAGCCGUGACCGCAGCAGCAGCAGCUCCAGUGGCUCAGAGCCAGGCAGCGGCGAGACUUAUCUGCCAGGCUCUAGGAGUCGCUCAGAGGGACCUGGUGAUGAGCAGGAGGACGCCUUCGACUCCACCGACCGCAGGAGCCGUUCCGAGCAUUAGGCUCGUUUUCCAUUAGCUUAUCGACUGUCUAGUUUCUGCUUGUUAGUUUGUGUGUUUAGGUUGCUUGCUUGGGGUCAGUCGAUGGUCGAUAUCAUGUGCCUAUGAUAUGGCUGUCCCAAUAAGGAUUUUUGCUUGCUGUUUAAAGUGUUUUAAUUCAGAUCAGAACAAUUGCAGUUUAAAUUUCUAUAUAAUAAAGCUUAGUUCCUGAGCAUCUGUUUUUCUCCGUUUCCCCGUCUGCCCUUCCUCCAGAUGGUCUACACCAGAACUGGCACCCGCACGACUGGCGAGGGCAGCAACGGCGAAGAACGCGCUGAUGGUGUGCACCCCAACAGUGAUUCCGGCAAUGGUCCGCCACCACUUCCCGAGAAUCCGACACUGGCCCAAGUUAUGGCACAUCAGACUCA